CCUUAAAGCAGCAGGGAUUGCUGCCCAAGCUAAAGUACAAUGAACCUGGACACUGAUCUCCGGCUGACAACUCAGCAGCAAUACGACACGUCCAGACGUCUAGAGCACAUGCAAGACGAGGAGCGCAGCAGACCACUUGACCUGUUUAUCAACCUGUGCCCGCGUAUUGCGACAAAGUCGAAUGCAACAACAAAGCGCACUCUGAGGCUAUUCACAAGCCUUGUCGCUGAUGUCAUAUCUGCGUUGACAUCUUCGCUAAGCCCUGAAGUGCAGUGCAGUGCAGUGCAGCGCAGCUCAGUGUGGUGAAAGGCGCGCGGGAUUUUGUUUCUUAGAUGCACCGACCACUACCACGGCCCUGAACUUGCACUCGACCUGACUGACCGCGUCGAUAUUGAUUAUUUCGCAGGACAGGACAGGACAGGACAGGACAGGGCAUAGCAAGACUUCGACAGAGGCAGGACAAGCAACUCGCAGAUUAUUUGGCUACCAGUGCCUUCGACUACGACUACGACUUCGAUUGCUGCUGGUUUCACAAGGCAACAGACGCACUCCAGAUUCUUUCCCCACCAAUAUCGUCACAUCCCACCACACUACUUCGUACGUCUGCCGUCAGCCACCACCGGACUGCGAGAACGACGCGAAAAGAGAAUUGCACUUCGAAUCCCCUCGCUUUUCGCCUUUGACUGUACCCGCUCAUACUAGUCUCCCAUGCUGCUUGUCUCUUUGCGCUCAGACUGAAAGCAGACUUCCGCCCGCCAAGCGAACACUCGUUUCUUCCUUGCCCUGCCUUACCUGCCUUCCCUCUUUGUAACCUUUUGCUAUCGACAGGGCUAGCUGGACAAUAUUCUUUUGGCUUUCUCUACACCUUCAGCUACAUCCCACAGAGCUUCUGUACAACCGGCGCUAUUGACGAGGACGACGAACCGCGUACGAUUUAGACUACUGCCCUGCGACUGCUAGCAGUCAUUAGCACCUGUUCAUGAGCUUUCUUUGUUUCAAAGUUGCUCAAGUUCACUUCUGGUCUGCAGUUCACUUCAAGUUGCAGAGCCCACAAUGGUGAAGGCGGAUUUCACAAGAGAUUACUAUGGUGAUCUAGAGAUAGCUCCUGGGGCAGACGUCAGCGAGAUAAAGAAGCAGUUCAAGAAGCUAGCUCUCACCUACCACCCUGACCGCAACCCUGGCAGAGAAAAUGAAGUCACAGCGAAGUUCCAGAAAAUCCAGUCGGCACACGAGGUCCUGAUUGAUACCCAAGAACGAGCAAAAUACGAUGCGAAUAGAAUUAGAGGUGGCUCAAGAUAUGGGGGAAUGUCAUCUGGCGUGAGAGGGAAUCCUUGGUCACAAACAGCUUCGCAAUAUCCACCCCCGCCAAAAGCUCCUACUGCUCGACAGAGACCACCUCCUCCUUCGACUGGUGCGAGACGAUACGAGAAAUUCGCCACACCGAAUCCUUCAGCAUACCAAGCAUCACAAGAGGGCCCCCAAGCUAGGAAAGAUACAUACGAGGCAUGGGAGAAGGUUAGGCAUCAGAAACCAACGCCGGGAGAUGGAGGACCGGGACCUGGCAAGACUUGGAGGGCACCACAGCCUCCACCAAGAGGUACACCGCAGUCAGGGCGAGAGGAGAGCAAUGCGAAGAAACAUGCCCCGCCACCGCGGCCUGGUCCUGCGUUCGACGAGUUCAGAGAAGCUAAUAGCCCGAGGAGAAGUCAGAGUACAAAUAAUGCAAGUCGGAAGGGGUUUAUGCCAGCCACACCAGGCGGAGGAGAUGAGCCACCUGCUCCCAUGGGAGCGUACUUUACAGAGCGCAACAAGCCAACGGCUCCUCCUGAAGUUCCGCCUCGAGAGCCACCACGAGAGCAAUUCCAAAGAGAGCCAUCUAUGAGAGAACGUCCACAGACUUCCAAACCAAUCCCCAAUCCAUUGCGGCAAUUCCAAGAUAAGCCAAUGGUUCACGAACCUCGCAUUAGCACACCAUAUGCAACUCAUGGAGGAGAAAAGUUCAAUCCUUUCGAAAGUACUAAUAUCAACGGAUCCAAAAGCACUCGGGAGCGUCACGACAGAUUCGACGAUGGGCAUAUUCCUCGCACUGGAUCAGAUUCCAACUUAAAUUCGCCACAACGAGCUCGUUCAUUCGCUCAACGAACUUCUCCUAGAACACACAAGUCAACCUUUUCAGAGACUAUCAAUCUCGAUCCUUCGAGUGAGGAAUCUAGUUCCGAUGGCUUUGUGCAGAUGAAUCCUCGUUCUCGGGUACCACGAACCAAUGGUGCUUCAAAUGGAAAAGCAAAUGGCGCAGCCAAUGGGGCUGCCCAAAGCACCCCACAAGGAUCCAGUGCUCCUAAGCAGCCUGAUACGAAUGGUCAAGCUCCCCAGUCCGCCCAGCCUCAAACCCAGUCACAAUCGCAAACCGCUCAACCAAAUGGAGAGUCAAUUUUCUCCUUCAAUAUCAACGAUGAGACGUUCAAUCGAACGAGACAUCCAUCGAAUGGUUUUAGCAACAGUGCCGAGAAUAUCAGCACCAAGUUCACACCGGAAGACUGGGAUGGCAAGUUUGAAGCCGGGGCUGAUUAUUUCAAGCCGGAAGUCAAGACACGGACUCAGUCGACUUCCCGACCAAGAGGAAGAUCACCUGUCAAAAUUCGGCCUGUUGAUCCCAAAUUUGCACAACCUCGAGUUGAGCCAGAAACACCAAUGGAAUCGCCAGGCGGAACGAAGUUUUCAGCUGAGGAAUGGAAUGAGACCUUCAAGCCGCAGACAUUCAUGCCAACAAAUAUGCCCCCUCCGCCUCGUACAGCUACGACACCAAGCAGAAAGCGGACUGGACCUACCAUUCGACCAACUAUGGGUACUGCUGCGGUUGUGGACGAUAGCGAGACUUCUGAUGAGAAGCCACUCUUCACUGGUCGAAAACCCAUGUAUUCUAUGCCCUCGAGCCCGGAGCCUAUGGAUGUAGAUACACCGCCCACCACUAACACAGUCCCUCAAUACGCCACUACUCCCAACGGCCACUUAAAAGUCAACACCGAAACUCAGAAGCGAGCAGCCUCGGUAUCUCAAUCACCAACGGACACCGAAGGCCUCAAAGUCAACUUCGACGAUCUCAAAAUCCAAGAUUUGAUGUCCACUCUCGCUCUCCCUACGCCACCCCAAGCACCUGAUCUACCCGUCGGUGAUACAGAGUACGAGCGUCCCAGCCGAGCAUCCUACGAAGACUACCUCAAGCGCUACGCAAAAUACAUGGGCGAAUGGGACAUCUUCAACAGCAAGUACCUCCUCCACAUGGUCGCACGUCGUCGCCAGAACGACAACCUCAAGGAUAAGCGGUGGACGGAUCGAAGUGGUACUGAGAUCUAUCGGCUGGGAUUGAAGGAGGAUCAGGCUGUGCUGAAGCGAUGGGGCGAGAUGCAGGAGAUGCAUGAGUUGGUCGUUAAGGCGUUUGUGGUUAUGCGGGAGAGGAUGAGGAGCAGGGAGGAGAGGGAGGGGGUACCACCGCCGCAGAGUAGUGAUAGGCCUAGGCCGAGGAAGAAGACGCAUUGAGGUGGUUGGGUGGUUGGUUGGUUGGUUGGUCGAUUGGGCGAAGAGGGUUUGGAUCAGCGAACAGCUUGAUGCUAGGGCUGUGAGCUCAGCUCGGCCGCGUUUGUGGGGCUUUGGUGUUUGCAUUUUAUAUGCAGCGUUGAGAUGCAACACGUUUGGGUUAUGGGUAUUUUUUGUCUGGAGCAGCGCAUAGCGGAUAGCGGAUAGCGCAUAGCGAGUUAGUAUGCGAGUGAGCGAAACGAAUACCAAUGAAGAGCGAGCGACUUUGUGAUUGUGGAUCAUUUACUAUACAUGAUAAAAACUCAGCGUGCAUGCGAGCGAGAGAGCAAGUGACUGAAUGAUACAUACUUACAGAUGGUAUGCAAACAUGCAUUAUUGCAAGGCGUUGUUUGUUACUUUAGUCUGGUCUCCUGUGUGCCUUUUUUCUGGAUCAAUCUGGCUUGAUUUCUUUUGUUUCAGGUGGGUUGGUCUGGUUUGUAUUUUUUUUGUCUUGGGCGCGGCGCUGGGGGCGAAAGGCUGGUACCGUAUAUAUGUCAUAGCAGUGGAGGUGGAGGUGGAGUUGGAGCGAGAUGGGGAGAUAAGAAGAUGAGAAGAUGGAAGAUGGGAGGGAGAAGGGAGAUACUCCUAUCCUACCCAGCUCUUGAACGCGGUACUGUACUGUGCUGUGCUGUGCUGUGUGUGAAUCGAACCGAGUGAGUCGAGUUGAAUCGAAUCGAAUCGAAUCGAAUCGAAUCGA